AUGAGUCAUUAAUUAUCAAACAUUGAAAAAAUAAAAUAAUAACUUCAUCUUUAAUAAUAAGUUAAAGAAAUAUUAGCCAAAGAAUAUAUAGAUCUAUAAAACAAGGAUCAUUUUUAAGUAUUUAUAAGAAAUAUAUAUCUUAAGGUUAUAAUUGAUAUUUUGGAAAAACCUAAAAAACAAAGAACAUCUAGUGAAUUGUAAUUGUUAUCAAUGGCAUUUUCAUCGAUUAAAUAUUUUUAAGAAAUGAGUAAGACAACAAGUUAAGAUGAGAUGUUAAAUUUAUUUAGAGUAUAAUAUCUAUAAUCAAAUCUAGGAAUUAUAAUAUAUAGCAGUACCAGCAAGAAGAACAUUAUUUCGAUUAGGAGAUAUUGGUAAGAAUUUUUAUAUCAUUUUAAGUGGAUCAGUUUGGGUAUUAAAGUAUAAUAAUAUAAUUAGGUAUUGGUAGGUAAAUCAGGUUUAUAGAGUGGAGGAUUUACAAAAGAGGAUAAGAAAGUUGAAUAUGAUGAGGGGACUUUUUAAGUAUUAAAAAUUUAAUUAUUUAGGAUGAAUUUGAAUUCGGAGAUUUAGAUGAUGAAAAUAUGUUAUUAUCAAAAUAUCCAAAUAUGAUGAAGGUAGGUUAGAUUGCUUAAGGAGGUAGUUUUGGUGAAAUUGCACUUACAAAUUUUAUACCCAGAUAAGCAACAAUUGUAUGUAAAGAAGAUUCAUAAUUUAUUACUUUAUCAAGAGAAGCCUUUAAUAAAUUUUUAUGUAUCAUUAUUGAUUUAUAUAAUCUUAGCUGAAUAUUAUAGUAGAAUACAAUAAAAGAAUUUUGAGUUCUUGAAAUCAAUUUCUAUAUUUAAUGAUUGGAAUGAUUCUGAAUUAAACUAAAUGCAAUAUCAUUUAUAACCUAUUGAAUUUUGUUAUAAUACCUAGAUUUAUAAAGAAGGUGAAAUUGUCAAGUAAAUUUACAUAAUAUUUUUAAGAGGAGUUUAUUUUGUAUUAGAUGGAUAAGUAGAAAUAACUCAAAAUGCAAAAAAUGAUAAUUUAAAUGAAAAUUAAUUAGUAAAAAGAAUGAAUAGAUCUUUGAGUAUAAAAAUUAUAUUAUUUCAUUAAGGCACUAAAAAUAUUCAAUUAAAAUUAAAUAGAUGUGGAUAUGGUUAAUUAUUUGGUUAUUUGGAAAUAGUUCAAAAUCAUGAACAUAGAUAAUCAAAGGCUGUAUGUUUAACUGAAAAAUCAAAGAUGUUAUUUUUACCUGCAGAUGUAUAUUAGUUAUAAUUUUAUAAGAGGUUUAAAUUAUAUUGUUGUCAUGGUGAGACACUAAAUGAACUAAAUAAAUUGAUUGCUAAAUUAGAUCAAAAUAAAAAAAUAUCUAAAGACAUCUUUCUUGGAUAACAAAGAUCAGUAUAAUUUAAUGAAGAAUUUUAUUUCAAUUCCAUAACUUCACCACAUUAUAUUAAAACUUAAGAUGAUGAUGAUGGAACUGAAAAAGUUAGUUUGACUACAAAUAAUAGAUUGUCUCAAAAAUAGAAAUUAACUUUACCAUAAAAGAAUUCAGAGAGAAACUCUUAUAAAAAUUCUUAAUAAAAAUUAUAAAAAGAAAUUCUAGGAAAAAUAUAACAUAAACCUACAAAUAUUUAAUCUUAUUAUGAAUUUAUCACAUAACAUUCAAAAGAGAAGUCUUUAUAAUUAACAAUUGAAUGUCCACUCAUUGAAAUUCAAUAGAGUAGAAAGGCUAAGGUAUUAUAAUAAUAAUUUUAACAUUAAUAUUCUUCUAUAAACUUAAAAACACCUACUUAAAAGAAUUUGGAUUCAAAAAUAUCAUUAAUUUAAUAAUUAAAAUUACCUAAAAUAUUUAAGAAAUAAUAAAAUACUGAUGAUGUCUAAUUAUAGGUGUCUCACUUUGUUAGAUAACAUAAUUAAAGUGUAUAAAUUUAUUGA